ACAACCACGGCAGCCACACGAAGAUAGGCCUGUGGGUCAUCUCGGGCCUCCUGGCUUUCAUGAUCGUGGAGAAGCUGCUGGGAGACGAGCAGGAAUUCGAGCACUUGAAGGAUACAUGUGAAGAAGAGGAAGAUUUAGCCGAGCAGAAACUCAAGCAAAUACAGCCCUGCUUAGCUCCACAGACUGAAAAGACGCGAAAAAGGAACAAAGUGAAAGUACAAGAUACAAAGUCCACAACUAAGUUAAAAGGACAAAAUGGACAUAAACCCUUACCUGUUGCUUCCAACAAUAACUGUAGCACAGUCUCAGGGGGGAAAGAAAAUAAGGAACACAUAAAAAUAAGUGGUUAUUUGAAUCUUCUAGCCAAUGUGGUGGACAAUUUCACGCAUGGUCUGGCAGUGGCUGGAAGUUUUUGUAUAAGCACAAAGGUUGGUCUAGUCACAACACUUGCCAUACUUCUGCAUGAAAUUCCGCAUGAAGUCGGAGACUUUGCCAUUCUUCUUAGAUCUGGCUUUGACAGGUGGAAAGCAGCUAAAGCUCAGUUCCUCACAGCUAGUGGAAGUGUGAUUGGAGCCAUCACAGCACUGUCAGCAGAAUCUGCAGAGAUUGCAGGAGAGAGAACAGCCUGGAUUCUUCCUUUCACUUCUGGAGGGUUUAUGUACAUAGCUCUGGUCACUGUUGUGCCAGACCUUCUUCAGGAAAAACAUGGCUGGGAAUCCUUCAAGCAAGUCGCAUUUAUCUGUCUCGGUAUUCUUACCAUGGUUAUGGUAACGCUUACCUUUGACUGAUCGAAAAAUUCCAGAGUUUCUUUUGGAGAAAAACAGUGCUGUCAACUGGUGUUCAUAUUCCAGACUACAGAUUACAGCAGCGGAAGUUUGCUUGUCUAGAUGGGUCUGCCGAUUCCAAACAUGCUGUGUGCUAGAAGUUUGUUGUGGACUUUGUCAAGAGUGUUAUAGUUAGGCGUGUGAUUCCCAUACACAGUCAAAAGCGUUCGAGAUAGCCAUCCAUCGCUGAGGAGAACAGUGGUUGUCUUAGACAGGUGGAUGUCUUGGAUCGUGUCAUUAUAAUGUUUUUAAAAAAACUCAUGGGGGGGGGGGGGAGAGAAAUGGGAAGGAGUCAUUUGUACGGGUGAUUGUGUUGGACUGGUGGUUGUUAGAGCUUGUUCAGCUAUAUUCACUCUGUCGUUCAGUCUUUUGGACAAACUUCUAAUCAGCAUUAUAAAUUUCUUUUACCUUGUUGUGUUGAAAUGUAAAUGUGCCUUGGAUUCAGGAAUUGAUUAUCAUGACAUGCUCAGCUGUAUUGUUGGUUUACGCAUUUUUCUCCUGUACUGUAAAUGCUUCAGGCAGGGGUAGGGGCUGAGGGGACAGAAACACUUUCUGUCAUGUUUUCAUAAACAAGUUCACUGUUGUGUUGGAAUGGUGUGGGAAAAUGUCACUCGAAGGUUCAAGAAGAAAUAAGAUUUCUAUGAAUUCAGAUAAUUUUCUUGUUAAUUUUUACCCUCACCAACACUUCAAAUGUUCUUAAUUUAUCUUUAGACCCUGAAUAACUAUAUUCUUUGCAAUGAUAAUUAUUAUUAUAUUAAUAAUGUGAAUUUAUAGAGGGCCAAGUCCCUAGUAGGCGCUAAAAGCUGUACAAGGAAGAAUUCUUUUUCAAUGCUACUGACAAAUCAAAAAACAGAAAAAGUACAUGUUAAGACCAUUGAGCGACACCACACACACACACACACACACACACACACACACACACACACACACACACACAAACACACACACAAACACACACACACACACACACACACUCAACUCCCAGACCUACUCACAUUGUCACAUACAAAAACUAGUGGCAGAGGACAGCAUUGAAUAAAUGCAUCUUAAUACUUUUCUUAACUGAUUCAGCCGGCAGCACUGCUCACAGCAGCCGAAUGUCUCCUGUGUUUUGACGCAGAGCCGCUCAUAGCUGCUCUUCUAUUUGGCUUCCUUUUUUCACAGCACUUUUCUCCCUUUCCUUUUUCCUGAUAACGAACAUUUCAACCUUUUUAUUAUCUGGUGUCAUUGAAUCUAUUUUUUUAUUCUGAGCAUUUUUAUGUGACAGACAGAGGGGUUUUUUUCAAAUUUAGAUAUUUCUUUAUUAACGUUUUGGAGACACCUGUUAUGUCACAAAACAGUCACAAAUUAUUUGCGUCCGAAGUACAUAUUUUCUGCUGGCUGAAUCAGUUAAAAUCUCUCUCUCUGGUACAUUCAUUUCUUUUAGGAGGGAAUUCCAAAUCUUAGGAGCAAAGGAAGAAAACAUCUUUAGAAAACCAACAAGAACACUGCAAUUCAAAUCUGAAAAAGUUGUUAGUGUUACAUUUUGUUCUUUACUUAGAAUUCUUAUUAUUUUUGCAGAUGCUCAGAAAUAAUUUUUGAAUUUGACUUUCCUUGGGAGUUGGCAGGUAGGAAUUUAUGGAAAUCCCCUUUUAGCCAUGGUAUCUUCUUCUACUUCUUCAGUUUUAGACUUCGGGUGAGAGAGAUAAAUAGAGAGUGCUUUAUGGCUAUUCAAAGGAGGGUCAGAUUAUGAUGCUGUUAGCAUCAGCAUCAACUUAAGAGGUAGUAAUUGAAGUGAACGAAAUAUUUCUCUCUGCCACAGAAUGUCAGAUUUGUACAGAACUGCCCUUUUCCUUUUGACACACCAUGUCAACAUUCAGCUUGCUGGGACUGAUAUGAUUAUGUUAAUAAAUGUAAAAAAAUUAUGCAUUACUUGAUGUAUUCCUCUAAAGGGAAGGAACAAGCAAUUUGUAUCUCAUGAGAUCUGGAUGUGUGAUCUAUUUCUGAGCUACUGUCCUUGUGCACUCUUCAGUCACGUAAUAUAUAUAUAUAUAUAUAUGUGUGUAUGUGUGUGUGUCAGUGAUAUGUGCACUCACAUAAACUUUGUGUUGCUAGUCAGUAUAAAUCAGGUUGAGCUAUGGGUGCGAAAGGUUCUCCGGUGUUUUCGAAAUCUAGAUUUGCAGCUACAUGUAAACUACGUGUCAUAAAUCGUUUGGUUACUGUUAUGGAUCCAUAUCAUGUCAAGUUGAUGGAAGGAUGUGGAAAAUGUUAAACUUUUUAUUUCAAUGAAGAAGUGAUGUUGUCAAAAAGCAUGAAUUAUGUACAGACUUCCUUAGACUGCUACAACCAGUUUGUGCAUGCUCCACCUUAGAUGAUACAGGAUGAGUGUAGGGCAGAGAGCUUGAAUAUUGUGCUUGAAUAUUCCUUAUUACAAUUCAAGACAAAAGAGAGUUACUGGAAAUUUGAUUUAGGGUGAAAACCGAAUAAUUUUUUAAAGGUUCCUCUAUAUUAUAUAUGCAUAUAAUGUUAUCCAUGACGGACGCAGGUGCUAUACUUUCAAAUGAAAUUUUGUUUUGAAUAUAAGGGUGCUUUUGUUUACUAUAUAUCAAGAGUUUCAUUAAUUAUGGAAAAAAUGAAAUUUCUUUUCGAACUCUGUAAACCACAUUUCUCUUUGAAUAUUGAAUGAUCCUUACUGUAAUCAGAAAGAUGUCUGCCUGAAAGUGGCUUACAUACUAAUGACUUUGAUGCUGAUGUUUAAAUGGUUUUAAAGAUUCAGUAUGUAAGGAAGUUGUUAUAUUUCAUUAUAGUUUGUGUAUACACUUAUAUUCCCAGCUAUGCCGAUGUGAAUUAAAUGAGUAUGCUACCUUAAAGGUAUAUUCAGUUAUGUUAUAAUUAUAUCAAUGUGGUUUUUCUCAGCUCAAUCUCUGAAACAAGUUGGAUAAAGUUGAAUUUAAUAUUUGUAUUUAGUUUUACGUUUUUCCCCAAUUCUUCAAAAGACUUUUCUUAUUUCUUGUAAUGUUUCUUAGCGACCUUUGCUGUUGAACAGGUGUAUGCCUAUUGCAGCAAAAAUAAGUCCUCUUUGUUGAGACUGAUCAUUGUAUAGCUAUUAGAAAAAACACUACAAAUUGUUGUUUCAAAUCACUUAAAAUUUAGUUUUCAAUAAUAGUGUAAAACAGCAGUGACAUUACCUUUUCAACAUUUAUAAACAAUGAUUACUAAUGAUUAAAAUCCAAACAUAAGCUUUUUUUAA